AUGAAGAAGAGCAAGAAGAAAAAGUCCGAGGCCAGACCACCCAGGGACUCGUCCAUCUCUCCACGGGGCAGCUCCGACUCUAGCACCUCCCAGCAGCCCAGCUCUGAGAGCAUCCAUCCCAGCCCCCAGUCCACAACGCAACCAUCCAAGUGCACCACACAGCAACCCAGCCCUCAGAAGCAGUUGAGCCCCAAGAGCAGCCCAAAGCAAUCCAAGUCCCAGGCCCUCCCAGAACCGGAAGCUCAUCCAUCGUCUGAAUGCCUGUCGUCCCCCCACACCAACAGAAAAGCAGCUUCUUCACCUAGGAAAGGGACUCAGACCCAGGUGGGCACUCAGACCUGCUCCUGUGCCGUAUGUCCGGGCAGCUUUGCUUGCUGGCGUCGUCUGGGGCUGUGCCACAGACGCAUCUUCGAUGUCCUUCUGCCUCAGCACUGCCAGGCCAUGUCAGGGAGAGGACUCCCAAACCACCUCACCUUCUACAGGUUCCCGAGCGCAAAACGCUCAUCUCGGCAUAACUCCUGAGCUCCAAGCCCUUGGGUCUGUUGCUGUGGCUCUGGGGGCCCUGGGAGCUGCCUACUACAUCAUUGAAUCCCUGUGAACAAGCCCCCAGCCCAAGGUCCGGCAGAUCCAGUUUCCAUCAAAGGAUCUCACUUGUCACCAAAAAGAGCAAAAAAGAAAAAAAAAAAGGGAAA